CUUAUUUUGAUAUCUGAACAAAUAUUUAAUUCCUCCUAAAUCAUUCAAAAGUCUUUCUUGCGCGCAUAUUUAAAAUAUCUUCUUGGGUUUUUAAACUUUCUUUACAUAAAAGGAUAAUCUGUAUCCACGACUCUCAAUCUAGCUACAUCCUCGCGACAAAGACGAAUCUGCAAUUAACAGCAAACACAUUAAUCACUUGGAAUCAACUACCCAGAUUGAUCAAUCCAAAGCUGAGAAGGAUACACCUCAAACACUCGAGAUAGGCUCAAGAACCAGCAUCUACAACAAUCAAUACCUAGAACCGUACCACGUCUGCGACACUCUCUUAUUUCAAUAUGGCGACGGACAUGGAUAUUGAUAUGGAUAUCGAUGUUGGAGUCAUUGAGGAUUUGCCUAUUCCAGAUAUGGUAGACAUUGAAUUAAUUGUGAGCAAUUCGAUCUUUAGCCCAGUGGAACAUCCAAAUGUCAUAUUUGAAUGUCCCCAGGACGCGUUUCACCUCUCAUCUUACCUACCAUUGCUAACUUAUCUCUGAUAUAGCCAGAUGAACCUACUCAAGCACAAAACGAUACAUCAGCUCCAAAUGAUAGCUCCGGUCCAGAUGCAGAAAAACCUACUCCAGAAAAAGUACAUAUACGUGGCUUGGACAAUCUCACCACCGAUGAUGUAAAGAAGUUUGCACAUCACUAUUACGACGAGCAUAUUACACGAGUAGAAUGGAUUGAUGAUUCUUCACUAAAUUUAGUGUAUGGAAGCGAUGAUAUUGCUGAGACAGCUCUUCGAAAAUUCUCGGCACAAGAACUUCCUGAGGAUGUUUCACAACUUCCUAUUUUACAAUCGUUCCCUGCCAACCCUUUCCCGGACAAUCCUAAAAUAAGCUUACAAGUUCGCCUUGCGGUUGUUGGAGAUCGUAAACAAAGAGGAGCUCGAGAAAGGAGUCGUUUCUACCUUUUCAACCCGGAGCACGAUCCUGCAGAGCGUAGAAAUCGUGAGGGUGGGCGAAGAUAUCGGGACCGAGAUGACGGUGGGUAUAGAAGCCAGCGUUAUGAUGAAAGAGAACAACGCAAUAGACAACGUGGAGAUGAGGAAGCGGGUUUUGAUGCAAGUCUUUACGAUGAUGAUGAAACAGCUUUGGCGACUAGAGCAGGGAGACGCCAUGGUCGAUCAGCAUCUGGUUCAUCUGGAAGUGACUUUAGGGAGAGAUCUGCCAAUCGACGAGGUUCUAGUUUGCGAGAACUAUUUCCAGAUAGGGGUGGAAAUGAUGGGAGAUUACGAGAUCGAAGUGCAUCACCCAUGAGAAACGAGGACAGAGCGAGAGACUAUAACAGACGACGUCGAGACAUAGCAGGUGUAGAAAAUAGGUCAAAAGCUCAGGCUAUUAAGGCUCGUCUCCGCAGAGAAAGUUCUGCUACAAAGGAACUCUUCCCGAGCAAAGUAGGUACGAGUCAUCGUAAAUCCGGUGCUCUCGAUGCUACGGACGAAACAGCAGAUCUUUUCGCAAAUAGAAUGCCUGUCCCAUUCCUUGAUGGAAGUUCAGAUGUUCGUCCUUCUAGCAAAUUAUCCUUGGCAGAAAGAAUAACAUCAGAACAGCCUCAGCAGUCACAAGGCUUUAGCAUUCGUGGAACUGCAAAACCUGUUCCUACUGGAUUCUCUAUUAAAGGCUUGGCAUCAGAUAAUUCAACCAUGAAGGAAUUAUUUCCUUCUCGUUCAGGGGGUGGAAAUGCUGGGAAAGAGCUAUUUUCAGAGAGGAUAGUUGGAAGGGGUGGAAGGAGGCAGAAAGCCGAGGAUUUAUUCCACUAGAUUUCGGGAGUUAUAAAUUCAGUUAGUGACAUAUUUCUUUGCGGUCGAUAGGGGAGCGUAUUACCUUGGGAUAUGGAUACUUUGUGGAGUUAUCGGGAAUGGAAAUGGAAGUGAAAUGGAAAUGAUACCAUUAUUUUCUGCACAUAGUAAGCAGCAAAGUUUCAUAAAAGCAAGUUAAGCUCACGGUCUAUUUAUAUUAUUUAUCAUGGCCUCUCAAAUGCUUCUUAGGUGCAAAAUCGCUAGUCAAGA